AUGCUCAAGGGCAACAGUAACCACGACGAUGUCAGCGAUGACGACUUUGUUAGCGAAAAGCAGAUUUUCCAAGGCUCGAACAAGACCAUCCUGACUCUGGAAUCCAUCCACGUCGUUAAAGGGAUCGACAAACAUGUAAAGAAGAAGAUAGAGGAGGGGAAGGUAUUCCUCUGCGAUAUAAGUCCUGUGAAAAACGCAGAAAUUGAAGAAGCCUUUUUAAAGAGUCUACAUGACAAUGCUUUGAAAAAUAACAUCAUAAGUAAAAAAAAAUAUUAUAGUGGCAAGUCCGCUAAAGAUUUGAAUAUUAAAAUAGAAGAGAACUACAAAUGUUUUAGCUUAGAUCAUGUCGAGGCGCCUGGUAGGGGGCACACCGAUCAAGGCGAUGCAGGCGACCCAGGUUGGCACAGUGGUAGUAACAAUUUGAGCAGCCCCAAUGAUAGUGAAGAAUUGGGCAGGGGGCCGGCAAAAGGGCAGCCGAAAAGGAAAAAAAAAGUGCCCCAAAAAAGUAAAGACAAAGGGGAGGAUGAACGGGGUGAAGAAGCUGACGUCGAGGAGGAGAAGAAGAAAAACGAUGAUGAAAAUGACGACGAGAAUGAAGUACCGAAUGACGAAAGUGAUAACGACACCCUCAACCAAGCAAAGCAGGAAGACGAAGCAGACGAGUCGUACUACAACCAAAUUAACUCCUUUUUCGAGAAAAGCCUAAAAUCGAGCUUGCUGGAAAAAUUCUCCUUCAACGAUUUCCCAGAGUUGCUCGAAAGAGAAACGAUCGAUUAUAUAAAGAAGAAGGAGAGAAAGUUACAAAAAAAAAGAUUAAACGCAAAUUUGGAGGCCCUGAGGUUGCAGUACAUACCGAUAAAUAAUGACAAGUUUAAAAAUAUUCCAAGAGAAAUUAAGGAAAAUAUUUUAGCCCUCUUCGCAUGUAUCAUAAUUAAGCAUAUCGAAUCGUUUGACGAUAUACAAUUGCAGAACCAUUUGGAGGAGUUGUCCAGAAAUUUUCUUAAACAGAUGUCAGAGUUGCUGGUUAUAGAUCCUCUAGCCUACAAGGGUAUCAUGAAGCCGCUGGAGCAGAGGGAGUUAAUUAGGGAUAUCACAGGGGAUAAGAAGAUAUAUCAAUUGUACGAGAAACCAUUUAUCGAUAAUUUAUUGGUACAAAUACAGGACCUCCAAGCAGGCAUAGAUUUGAAGUUUAAAAAAGUGGUGGAAGAAUUGAAUAACGAAAUGGAUUUUUGGCAAAAUGAUCACAUUACUGAAGAUCAUAAUAACGAUCUGUUCAGUGAUGUAGAGAGGGACAUACGAUAUGGUGAUGACAGGUGCUACAGUAACAGUAGCAACCUUCUCGAGGAUGAUGAAGACGAUAAUGGGGACUGCAGGAGCGAUGGCAGAAACUUGUCUUCCGCUCGGGGUAGUUUUAUCCAAAGAGAAAUUGAUGAAUCGUACAAUGGGGAGGCCAUCCAUGAUUACUUUUCCUGGGGAGACAACAAAGCCCCCCGUGGGUUUAGAAAAAACGGGAGAGGUGACCACCCAACGGUACACACCAGUUGCACGGCUUCCCCCGUAGCACCAGGUGCAAGGGACGAUCAAAGUUGUGUUGACAGACAGAGUGGGAAGAAAAGCAACAAAGCGAAUCCCCCGCAUAAUGAAAAGAGGGCCUCCCCCGAAUGUCAGAUGGAUGGCCCAAUGAUGAAGGAGCCGAGCAGUAGUAUUUAUGAAGAAAUGGGGGGUAAUGCCUCACCAGGGGGUAACAUGGAUAAUCAGGGUGAAGCAGACGACAAUGGAAUGACAAACGGAAGUGGCAGGGAAUCCAUGCCGGGUGAAGCUACAAAUGAUGAUGCUAGUAAAACUGCCUGUGAGGCUCCCCACCAAGAUAAGGAGGAAGCCAACCUGGGGGAUACCCCCCCCAAGGAGUUGGGCGAUAGUAGCCACAGUGAAAAUACGGAGCAGUGCAAAAGUGGGCAAUCUCCCGGGGAGUCGGAGAAGACGAACGGGGCAGGAUCGUUGCAGCCGACGGUGGAGCAAUCGGGGAAGGUAGAGACUACCAAAGUUGAAUCUAUCAAAGUUAAAUCUGUCAAAGUUGAGUCUAUAAAAGUUGAAUCUGUCAAAGUGGAGUCUACCAAAGUUGAAUCUAUCAAAGUUGAGUCUACCAAAGUUGUGCCUGAAGAGCCCGCCGCGAACCAAACGAGCAAACCCAGCACAAAAGACGAUAAGAACAUGCCAGCAGAGGGGACCACGUCCGAUGGAAAUUAUCGGCAAAGCGUAGGUGAGAGCAUACAGGCGAGGAUCAAAAGGAGCAUCACCCGAUCCGAUACAUUCGAAGGGGAAAGCGACUAUGAAGAGAGCGAUAUUGAUAAGCACCUAAACCAUGGGGUCCCCACGAGAGGACCCGAAGUGAAGUCAGUACUUCUCAGAGAUCUAAUCACAACCUACAUAAUGACAGGAAAUAAUAAUGCCAGAAUACAAUUAUAUUUCCAGAAGUUUGCCAGGUGCUUAAAAAUAAAUGAAUUACUAAUUUUAAGGAUAGAAGAAAAUUUGGCGGCAGAUUUAAUAAGUGCUUUACAGGCAUCAACAAAUGAGACUUCCAAGAGGAGAAACAUAAGAAGGAUAAAAAUAGCAGCUGCUGCAUUAGGUGGGGGAGCUUUGAUAGCUUUCACCGCAGGGUUAGCUGCACCUGGUAUUAUAGCAGGGUUGACUGCGUUAGGUGCUGGAGGAAGUAGCCUUACAGCUUUCCUAGCAUCAGCUAGCGGUUUGGCUUUUAUUGUGUCCUUGUUCGGUGCAGGAGGAGCUGGAUUGACAGGGUACAAGUACAGCAGAAGAAUAGCAAACAUAAGAACCUUUGAAUUUAUAAUGCUAAAUGGAAGUCUCUCAAAGUCGCUAAGUGUAUGUGUCUGUGUGAGUGGGGAAAUACAAACAGAUGAAGACAUAACCAACCCAUGGAUUGACGUCUUCCCCAAUUGUUACUGUGAUUUGUAUGCACUAAAAUGGGAAAACCAUUUGUUAAAAACAUUGGGUUCUUUGAUCGAAACGAUGUUGUCUCAAGAGUUUGCAAUAACGGCUAGUCGAAUAUGGUUGCAGUACACCAUAGCCAGCACACUCAGUGCUGCGUUGACGUGGCCAUUGGCACUAAUUAAAUAUGCCUCAAGUUUGGAUAAUGUUUAUUUGCUAAUAAGGGAAAGAGCACAACAAGCAGGAAGAAUAUUAGCAGACGCUUUGAGUGACAGAAACACGGUUGGGCAGAGACCAGUUAUCCUCAUUGGGUACUCCGUUGGGGCUCGUGUCAUUUUUUACUGUUUAAAAUAUUUGCAUGCAAAAAAAAUGUACAACAUUGUUAGCAAUGCUAUAUUUAUCGGCCUCCCUGCAACGACCAGCACAAGGGUGUGGGAGAAAAUUAGGAUGGUGGUGACGAAUCGAGUGAUCAAUGUUUAUUCAAAGAAUGAUUGGCUGUUGGGGUUCCUCUACCGGUACAUGGAGUGGAAGUUAAGUGUCGCUGGACUUAUCGCAGUGAAUGUGCCCAAUGUGGAAAAUUACGACGCCAGUGGGAUUAUCCACAGUCACCUGGAUUAUAAGAGGAAGCUCAAGGACAUUUUUAAUUUGAUCAACUUUGACAUGUGA